AUGGACGACAACUCAGAGAAGCCAGUUCUAUUCUUUGAUAUUGACAAUUGCUUGUAUUCACGCAAUUAUAAAGUCCUAGAGCUCAUGUCAGGUCUCAUCGACUCCUACUUCAAAAACCAUCUUGGUCUAUCACCCGACGAAGCCGAACGUCUCCACAAAGACUACUACCAGCAAUACGGUCAGGCGAUUGAAGGUCUCGUGCGGGAUUAUCAGAUUGACGCCCUGGAAUACAACGCCAAAGUCGAUGACGCGCUUCCCCUCGACGAUAUUAUCAAGCCCAACCCUCACCUGCGACAAUUUCUCGAGAAUAUUGAUACCUCAAAAGUCAGACUUUGGCUUUUGACCAAUGCGUAUGUCAAUCAUGGAAAAAGAGUAAUUAGGCUGUUGGGUGUUGAUGAUUUGUUUGAGGGUUUGACGUAUUGCGAUUAUACACAAAUUCCGCUUGUGUGUAAACCACAAAGGGAAAUGUUUAUGAAGGCGAUGAGAGAAGCAGGAGUUUCUGAGACUUCGAAGUGUUAUUUUAUUGAUGAUUCUCACAAGAACUGUGUUGGAGCACAAAAGGCUGGUUGGACGGCUGUUCAUUAUGUCGAAGAAGGAUUUCCUUUACCUGAUUCACCAGCAUCGGAGCAUCAAAUUCGUAACCUUGUAGAGCUGCGAUCGCUGUUUCCAGAGUUUUUCAGAAUCAGACAGUAG